GAGAUCUAAGGUUUUCCAUGGAGAAGGAAUCCGGUUAGAACCACCAAAGGGAUCCAGAAGCCAAGUGGAGCCUGGAAGUUUUCUCUAAAGAGGCGACCAGAGGAGGAUCAGGCUAUUCUUCUCCUGGAGGUGUAAUUUGAGAGCGCUCAGUGGACCAUAGCAGACUUCUGCACACAUUCAUCACAUGGGUGAGUUUGGUAUGUAAAGCAGCAGGGGUUCCUGUGUGACUGCGGUGGGGUUUCUUUUAGAUCAGGAGGACGAAGCUGCGGAGAACAUCGACAGACAUGGGCACGACCAAUUCCCGUCCGAAGCUUUACCCAGGAGACAUCGUGGAAUAUCCCAGGAACAAAUACUUUUCCCACUUUGGAAUAUACUUUGGGGAGAGGGACGGUGUUCCCUAUGUGGCUCACCUGACAAGCAGAGAUGCUGACACAAAGAUCCCGCUGUACGGCCGAGCUCUGAGGUCAGAGAUCAAACUGGACCCUCUAGAGAUGCUGGGGACGAAAUACAAGGUCAGCAACAUGCUGGACGGCACACACUCCCCCAGAGACUUCCACUCCGUGGUGAAGCCGGCCAUCGAGGACAUGAUGGGCCGAGAGGUGACCUUUGACAUCCUGUUUCACAACAGCGAGCACCAGGCGACGCUGUUCCGAUACGGAGUGAAGAGAUCUCAGCAGAUUGAGAUCAUCUAUGAGUACAUCAUGCCGUCCUGGGAGAAGCUGUUCCAGGAGAAGAAGCUGUGAGGGAAGCUGUUCUCCCAGAUCGCCACCAGAGGGAGCCCUCAUCCUGCUUCUCCUAAAGACUUUGAGUUUUAGAGGAAAAAUUGUUA